AUGUCGGGUCUGUGCUCGCGGCGAGAGGCCGAGAAGCGCAUCCAGAGCUUCGACGUGACGGUCAACGGCCAUGUCGUGAUCGAUGUGGCCACGGUCGUGGAUCUGGACAAGGACGUCGUGGCUGUGGACGGCCGCGUGCUCACAAAGGCGCAGAAGGUCAAAGUGUGGAUGGCUCACAAGAUGAAGGGGGAGCUGGUAACCAGUAACGAUCCGCAAGGCCGUGCCACGAUCUUCGACCGCCUGCGAGUCAUGGGACUCACGCAGCACAUGAUGCCGGUGGGCCGACUCGACUUCAACACGGAGGGUCUGCUGCUGUUCACCAACGACGGCGACUACGCAAGGGAGCUGGAGCACCCCAAGACGGAAGUGACGCGCGUCUACCGCGCUCUUGUGCGCGGCAACGUGGCCGAGUCCAAGCUGCAAGAGCUCCAGCGUGGACCGCUGGUGGACGGGAUCAAGUACCGGCCGAUCAAGGUGACGGUGCAGUCCACGGACAAGGAGGACUCAUGGCUGCAGGUGAAAGUCACGGAGGGCAAGAACCGUGAGGUCCGAAAGGCGCUUGCUCACGUGCGGCUUGUGGUGAAGCGGUUAAUCCGCGUGCAGUAUGGACCGUACCGUCUUGCUGACCUCCCGUCCGGCGCCGUGCUAGAGGUGCGCGCGAAGCCUCUCGAGAAGAAGCAGUACAGGAAGCGGGAGGGCGACAAGAAGCGGUAG